CUUUCAUCCCAAGAUAAGCGGCUCCACAUUAAAACGACGCACGGGGUGUUUUUUUUUCCCAAAACUCCAGGAGCAGACUUCGCAGAUUAUUAUUUGUUUUAUAUAUAAAAAGACAGCAGGGACAAGGACGUUUUGGCGUUCUUCAGCUGUUCUCGUUAUAACCAAGAACCAGGAUUUGGAGGAAUUUUAUUCUUUUUUUAAACUGCCUUUUGAAUAAUUUUCAUUUCAGAUAUUGAUGCAUUGUUUAGUUUAAUUAGGGGAGAGGGGAAAAAAAUCACAAAGAAACAAUGUGCCUUUACUUACGCGAGUUUCUGACCCGGAUCUGUCAGAAAUUUGAACGAGUGUGGAGCGUGUCAGGGCUGUUCUUCCUGUUGGUCCUGCUGUUGGGAUCUUGCUCUGCCUACGAGUCCAGCCAGGAUUAUUAUGACAAGUACCAAGAUGAAAUGGAAAGCGAGAGCCAGGCCACCAGCGAACUGGAGGACCAGCUGAGGUCUGCGUCCAGCAUCACGGAGCUAAUGGACAUCUUCUACCCAGAGUACAGGAAGAUCCACGAGUGCCUGCAGAGGAAAUCCUCCGUGAUGAAGCAUGCACGGAGAGGGACUGAAGAAGUGGAAUGGAAGGAGGCAGCGGCAUUUACAGUGUUAUGGAAAGAAGAAGAUUUAAAAAAUAUUGAACUUGAAUGGGAAAAGACUCAGUGUAAGCCUAGAGAAGUGUGCUUGGAUUUGGGGAAGGAGCUUGGGACUGCAACAAACAAGUUCUACAAACCUCCCUGUGUGUCUGUCCACAGAUGUGGAGGCUGCUGCAACAGCGAAGGACUAGAGUGUGUAAACGUCAGCACAUCCUUCGUCAGUAAGACAUUGAUGGAGAUAACAAUACCACAAGUGGGACUUUCCAAGCCAGUGGUAAUCAGCUUCAUCAAUCACACUGGCUGUAGCUGCCAGCCCAAGCGAGACAUCUUUGGACAUACCCACUCCAUUAUCAGACGUUCUUUUCACGUUUUCCCAAACAGAUGCGAUACGGAGAAUGAAACUUGUCCACAUGGUCUCACAUGGGAUCCCCAUUACUGCAGAUGUGUCACCCCACACGAGGUCUUCAGUUUAGUUGCCAGCAAUUCAGAACCAGAUGAUGACGAGGGUGAAGUGCCUGACUUUUGUGGGCCCUACAUGGUAUUUGAUGAAGAUUCAUGCAGCUGCGUCUGCAUGAAUAGGCUCUCGUCAUCAAGCUGUGGCCCCAACAAGGAAUUCGAUGAGAGCACCUGCAGAUGUGUCUGUAAUAACGUGCAGCACCGAGGCUUAUGUGAACCGGAGAAGGAAUGGGACGCAGAUGCUUGUGAGUGUGUGUGCAGGAAGAAAUGCCCAAGACAUCAACCUUUGAACACUGAUAAAUGCACCUGUGAAUGCACAGAGUCAGUAGCUUCAUGCUUUCGCAAAGGAAAGAAGUUCGACCCACAGACAUGCAGGUGCUACAGGUUGCCUUGCAGAACCCAAGUGAGGCAGUGCCACUCAGGCCUUUACUUCAGUCAUUACGUCUGCAGUUGCCUCCCACUAUACAUGAAGGAAUAUCAAACUGAAGACUGAUGCACAAACUGCUUUCAACUUGCUUUGCUUCAUCAAUGAAGAACUUAAUUUUCCAGCCUGCAGCACUUACAAACUACUUUUAUUUUUUUUGGAUUCUACAGUCUCUAGUAGGUAUGCUGAGCACUGAAAUGUGUCUGAGACAGUGUGAACAAAGUGGGUAUUGGUCCUUGUUUUAGAAUAAAAAGUUCAGCUCAAUUUCAUAACGCACAAUUGAUUGGUGUGAUUACCAAUGUCAUUACAAAUUCCCAGAUAAAUGUGUUUCCAUUAAUUAAUGUUUGUUCAUGGUACAGAGUGAAUCAGUUGUGGGGAAAAAAUACUUUUAGUAUUGACCAGCUGUUGGCAUGAAACGUAUUUUUUAUGCAAAACAAUGCUUUUAUUGACACAGGAAGACUAUGCUACUGGAAAUGAGUCCUAAUGCUUCAGAAAUAGAUAUGAUGUUUCAAAAUCUUAUACUGAUUUUAUGCCAUUAUGGCUGUGCAAAAUAGCUUAAGCAAUAUCAUGAUUUCACCAAUUGUAAGCCAAAAAAGUUGCAGCCUUUUGUCUUUUACAAAAAUACAUUUAUAAUCUAAAGUAUAUAAAUUGCAACAUAACUAUUGCUUUUGAGAGAAGUCUUCAAUUUUCCAAGCACACCUUAUAUGCACAUGGAAUAUGAAAUGAGCAAAGGAGGAAAAGGCUGAAGCAUAAUGCACAGCUAUAGAAAUGGGCCAAUAAAUUGAGUUGGUUAAUUUAUGUUACUCAGCAUAUCAUGUGUAAUGUGCAUUUGCAAUUAGCUACUAGGUAUUUAUGCAGUGGAAAUGGGAGAUGCACUUAAAUUAUCGGGGGUGUAACAAAAUCUAUUAAACGGCUGCAAUUCUCUCUAACAAUUCAUACAAGACCGAUAGCUUAUCACAAUUUCUUCCUUCAACAGAGGAAACUUAAUUAACUUAUGUUUUGAGUCAUUAAUAUAUCUAGACAGCCAUGUAACAUUUCUCAUUAUAAACAUUCUAAAGGCUAUUUAAAAACCACAUCUAACUUCAAUAUAGAGUGUAGAAGCAUAGAUUCCACAGAUUAGAGAGAGUUCCACAUCCUCUUUACAAAAUUUCAAGGUGAUCACAGUAUUGUCAUGAAUUAUCAAGCUAUUUAAUAUGUUAGUUGCCCCUUUUGGAAGUAAAUUAUUUUAGUGGUUAUUCUAUAAUUAUAAACUUCACUUGUUUAAAAAAAGCCAUGGUUCUGUAAAUAUCUAAGAUUGCAUUUUAAUUCCUUAAUGGUUAACCGUCAUGCUAAAUAUAUUUUCCUUUCUUUUCUAAUCUCUCAUUAUCCAUAGAAGCAGCACUGGGAAGAUGUACAACAGCCACAUGGUUGAAACUUCACAAAUUUCCCCUCCCCUUAUCAGAUAUUCUGCCCUUUGGCCAACAGCUUCCUGAUACAAUGUAAUUGAGAUCAGUAAUACUGAACAUCAAUCUUGGGUGUUUCUGGAACAUAAAGCCUAAAGGAAUGUGUCCAAUAAAUCUUUAAAAACACUGAUAACUUCAUAGCGUGAAAGAUGCUUCCUUUGUGUGGGGAGGCCAGUAUCAGGCUACAGAGUAAAGUAUUUAGGACUGAAAUGAGAAAUUUAAAAAUAUACAGUAUAUUCAGUGUAGUGCAUUUAUGAAAUACCAUGAAAGGGUAUAGGAAGAAAACAAAAAUAUGGUAUUGAGAUAGAUCAGCCGUAAUUGUAUGGACUGGCAAGUGGCCUUUUCCUGCUCCUAUUUUGUGUUUCCAUCAACAUUGUUUUGACAUUUAUAUAAAGUACAGCACAGGAAUCAUUUCAGUUCUGAAUGGGAAGAUUACAUUAAUAAUCUGUAAUGGUCAAGCUUUGCUUCUUACACAUUCCUACUUCGUGUAUUAUGUCCUUCCAUUCACUAUAAAACUGGAGUAUGAAACUGAAUUUUAUUAGCUUCUCAAAGGUUUGUGAGUGCAUCUUUACUCGUACAAUUUUGAUAUGCCAUAAAAAUGGCUAAAAUGAUACAAACCUGAAACAGUGGAAGUUGUUAGUAAUUGAUAGACCUGCCACAUUGGAUAUGGUGACUUCACGGUUAACAAGCUCAUCUUUGAAUAUUAGUUCCACAGUACUGUUUUUCCUCAACCCCCUCCCCCCCAAGUUCUUUGGUGAAACAAUUUUCCUGUUUCCUUCCAAAAGUUGCUGUUGAAUCUGCUUACAAAACUUUUAUGUUUUGUGUUCCAGAAAAUAACUUGCUGAGCUUUUUUUUUGGCAAUUAUCUUAAGCCUGUUCUCUCUCGUUACCAAGAUUCUUGCAUUUCUCAUAUAUUUCCAAAUAUUCAUUCUUUCAAGUAUAAGAGAUAACAAAUUUACUCAUGUCUUCAGAUUUGAGAGGGUUGCUGUUCUGCACUGACCUCUAUGACAACAAUCAUUUCAUUUACCUAUUCACAAUGAUACAGAAAUUGAUAACAUGAUUAUAUUUAAAACUUUGUGUUAAUUUGGCUUGUUUCGAGCUUCUGAAAGUAUCGGAGUCAAAUACAGGCUGAUAAGGGUUAUUCAGAACAGUAUCUGGGUGACUGAUUUUGUUUUCUUAUGGGAUGAGGACAGUAGAAAGAAAUAACUGGAAGAAGAGAAUCAAAUUAACAGGGAUCUCAGUUAGAGUAGGAGUAGUGCUUACUCAUUGUAUCCUUGAUUCAAAGUUCACUUUUUCAAAUGCAGAGUUUUUCUUUUAGAACAGGAAGAGUUUACUUUUUAAGAAUUCAUUGUGAACAGGAUCAGGAUGUCCCAAGGUUUAGUUGUGUACUGAGUUACACCACAGCCCUCCCGAACAAGGGAUUUGAAUGUAGUUGCUUUUCCUGGUUCAGUCAAUCUUACAAGGACUAUCUACAGGGCCAAGAUUGGUCUUUGUUCUUGUCAGUUCUCGAGUUCAAUCAUGUGUCAAACUCACCUGAAGGCUCCCAUGUGGAUAAUGAUUUACUGGGUAAGGCAUACGAGGGCAAGUUGUUCUUGCAGAAUUAUAAUUCAACAAGUUGGCAAGAGAACAGAAUUUUGUUUCAAACCUUCUUUAUAACCAGUGCUUUGUGAUGCCACUCUUUUCUAUUAUCUUAUGACAUGUGAGGAAUAUUUCCAUCAGCUGAUUACAAACUUGUGACCAAUGCUGUCCCAGGGUCAGUAAUAAUUAAUACUGCCUAUUAUGUUUCUGUUAUUAACACCACAUUAAAAGCAAUCACAAAUUAUUAGCAGCUGCAUUCCAAACAUACAGAUAUAGCAGAAGAAAAUCCCUCCAUGCUCUUGGUUGUACUAUGGGUAAUUAUCUAUACAGAAGCUGUGAACAAUUCUAUUAAACAAAUUUACUUUAUAAAAAAAAAAUUGUAUAUUUAUUGCUGGCUCAAUUUAAUUCUGUGUUUUAAUAUGUGUAUUGGAUGUUUUUUUAACCAUGGAAUAAGUUUUUUUUAAAUAAAAGUAUUAUAUUUGUAAAUGUGUUUGUACUUGUUCAGCACUAGCAAUAGAUAUGAGCAGGGAUGAAUACUUGGUGCAUUUAAAAUACAUAUUUAGAAUGAAUAACUAAUUAUUUUACAUUCCUCACAGCAAGGGAACAUUAUUUUUUUCAGGGAGGGAGUGAAAGAGCUGAGGAGGAAAGACCCAGAAAAAGCUUGUUCUAUGGUAGCUCAUGAACGGAUUUCUUCACUCCCAUGUGCCUUACCCCCAAACGUCUGAGCUCAAAGUAUGCCAGUCCACUCAUCGUUACUGCAAACAUGAACCACUUUGGAGCAUUUAUAAACAUGAACUUGUCACAAAGGAGAUAACAUUUAACAAAAUAGCACCAAUGAAGGGAAAAAGAAUCAAACAAUCUCAGAUUCAGAUUUGAAUCUCCAACUGAAAAUGCCAAAUAACAUGCUGCUAAACAUAAAAUUGUCUUCAAAUGAAAAUUGUGUUGAAUGCAGCUUUUGCAAACCAGUUUCAAUGCUGUAGUCCUUUUUUACUUUUAGUUUCAUAAAAAUAAGAUACUCAGAAGACCAACUGCCAUUUCCUUUCACAGUCAUCCAUUUUAUGCAGUCUCCUGCAGGAUUCCAAUUACCUGAGUUUUAACAUAUCGCACACGUUAUCAAUAAGUGCUUUAUAUUACAUAAUGCAAUCAAACACCAUUGGCAGGGAAUUGAUACUGCUCUAAUAUUCUCUUUUGGUGAGAUAACCUCGAAUGUGUGGAUGAAUCAAUUCUCUAUUGCAACAUGGAUUAAGUAAACCUUUAAAGAAUAUCAAACAGCAUCUUAUAUGGACUACGGAAUUUAUGAACUCAAGAAUAUAGAAAUUCCAAACAAACCACUAAGCUUCUCUUAAACCAGGGGUCCCCCAAUCUGGGGUCCACAGAGCACUUGGUAAAGGUCCAUGGCAUAAAAAUACCGGGAACCCCUGCCUGAAACUGAACGUUAUUGGUUUCAGUAUAAGUGGCAUCAAUGCUUAAUCAGUAAGAUCAACGACCCAAUAAUAACUAUUCCAUACAUUCUGAAUGAACCAUCUUCACUGAUGUUACCAAUCAAUCUCUAAGCAACCACCUUAGGAGAUGAACUUGAAAAUGAUUAGCAAUACACACAAAAUGCUGGAGGAACUCAGCAGGUCAGGCAGCAUCUCAGGAAGGGAAUAAACAGCCAAGAUCCUUUAUCGGGACUGGAAAGGAAGGGGGAAGAAGCCAGAAUAAGAAGGUGGAGUGAAGGAGUACAAGCUGUAAAGUGAUAGGUGAAGCCAGGUGAGGGGGAACGAGGGUGGAUGGGAGAGGAAAAUGAAGAGAGAAGCUAGGAAGUGAUAAGUGGUAAAAGGCUAAAGAAGGAAUCUUAGAAGAGAGUGACAAUAGAAAGGGAAGGAGGAUGAGAAAACAUGGAGGCAAUCACCAUGGCUGUUGCAUUGUUUUCAUAAACAUUAAAUAUUAUAGAAUGUGGAGGUAUAUUUAGGAGUAAGAAUCAGCAGGGAAGCUACAGGGCUGCACAUUAAUACAUGAAUGAUGCUAUAUUCAAAAUGUGAAGACUCCAUUUAUCUUAUUUUCUAACUUCCUCCAUAUCAGCAGUCUGAUUUUGCCACAUGAAGAAACAAAGAUUUUUGAAAUAGGCAAAAUAACUGCACUUGCCUAGCUUGAGGAAGUACCUUCACCAGAUGGACUACAAGGGGUUCAAACAGGUUGUUCGCCACUGCCUUCUAAAGGUGAAUUAGAAAUGGGCGAUAAACGUCAUGGCUUGCCAGCAAAAGUGUUCAUGUCAGGAAAAUUAUUGGUAGAAGAUCAGAAAGCCAGAAUAGCGGAAUGAAUCAAAUGUUGUCCCAGAGCAGUUUUGGGCCAAUUAAUUAUCUUUGAAAUCGAGUCAUGAUUGUAAUGAUGAGAAUAGCAGAGACAUCAAAUGCAGUGCUCUUCAAAGGAUGGGACUGGUGUGUGCUGAUGGAGCACAGAGGGAUGUAUAGCGUGGGGCUGCUGCAUUAACUUAAAGCUCCGAUGCUUGCUUUCAGAACCUGAAAAGACAGCAGUUCCA